AUGCAACAAGUGUCGCCGCUGAAGAGUCACGUAGGCGCAACGGCGGGUCGCUCUCCCGUGAGAUAUUCGUGCUCGCGCAGGUCGUUGCGGCCAUGUUGCAUACCUGAGGCGAGUGAGCGCGCGAGUCUGCGCGAACGGGACACAGCGACCGCUCCAGGCGGACGUUAUCUUUUGCCCAAAAGGAAAAAACCCUGCGAUGUUGAUAUCGCUGUCAUGACCAGUAUGGGGCGGUGGCACGUGGUGCUGGCUGCGGUGGCGCUGCUCACCGGCGCGGGCGCUGGCGCCGCCGCCGAACAGAUGCAGUCUCGUGCCGUCGACACCGGUGUCGAUCUUCGAAUAGCUGAAGCUCAGCCAGUGGGGACUACCUUUGGGAGGAUACCAGUUAAGCCCGGGUUCACAUAUCGCUUCAAUGAACCACCAAAAGAAUUCGUACUUGAUCCGAUUUCAGGUGAAAUAAAAAGUAAUGUCGUGUUGGAUAGAGAAAGUGUCGACCGUUACGCUUUUGUUGUACUAUCCAGUCAACCGACUUAUCCGAUAGAAGUGCGAAUUAGAGUUACAGACGUUAAUGACAAUUACCCAGAGUUUCCUGAGCCAAGCAUUGCUGUUGCGUUUUCUGAAAGUGCCGCAGCAGGGACAAAAUUACUUUUGGACGCGGCUACUGAUAAAGAUUUGGGUGAAAAUGGUAUCGCUAAUGAUUAUAGGAUAGUUGAAGGAGACAAUGAAGGGAAAUUUCGUUUAAAUGUCACUCUACUGAUGAAGAUACCGGAG